AUGAUAGAUGUUCGCAAAGGUCUAGUAGAAUCAAAGCUGGAUCUGGAGGUGCAGCGGAAGGAGUUUAUGCGAUGGGUUUCAACGUCCCUUCCAAGAUUCAGAAGACGGCUCUACCUACUCUGUUGGCCGGUGGUUUGCAUUUCCCCCACGUAUGAGCUUGAAAUUCAGAAGGGGGAAGUAGCUGCCAAAAUACCAAAGUUUUGUCCGGAAAUCAAACUUCCUUACGCAGUUCGCGAGGAGAUCGUCAAAGGGGCGAAGCUGACUAAUCAUAUCAUCAUCGGAACACCCGGCAAGCUAAUGGACUGGGGUAUAAAGCGGGUGUUUUGGUCGCUGUUCUUCUUGGCCACGUACGAGCGCGAGGUGAUGGAGUUCGCCGAGUACAUCGUACCCAAUCCGAUCGUUAUUCGGCUGGCGCGGGAGCAAGAAUCACUCGAUAACAUCAAACAGUACUACGUCAAGUGCCGCAACCAGGACGAGAAAUUGUGUGAUUACCGUCGGACAAGCGAUCAUUUUCUGUCAUAUGAUGUACGCAAAACGGCCGGUUGGUUGACCGGCAGGAUGUCCCAAGAUGGUCACUCGGUAGCGGUACUGUCCGGUGAUCUAACGGUGGAACAACAUUGGACGCUUUGGAUCGAUUCCGAAAUGGACUAG